UGUCAGAAUCACGCUCGUUGGGAAGGCAUGUGAAUAUUUCUGUUGCGGUUAUAAACAAUUAUUUCAGCCUAAUAAUGGCCAGCCAGGUGCAUCGGGUACGAUAUUAUAAUCCUAAACCCGAACCAAUUAGUUGUGCUGCUUUUAAUAAAAUCAAGAAAUUACUGGCUCUUGCAAGAGUUGACGCAUCUAUUGAAAUAUGGGAUUUGAAGUUCACACCCUAUUUGGUUAAGUUUAUUCCUGGUGUAGAAAAUGGAUCCAUAGAAGCAUUGAGUUGGAUUGAGAAAGAGAACCGGCUGUUGUCAACGGGCCUGGUUGGCUCGCUAGUCGAGUGGGAUUUGGAGAAACUAGUGGUUAAGAACAGCGUAUUACUGACUGGUUAUGCAGCAUGGUGCAUGGAUAUAAACCCUGCUAACACUAUGGUAGCAGUGGGAACAGAACAAGGUUAUAUCAAUUUAUUCAAUGUAGAAUAUGGCGAUAUGGUUUACGCCAAGCUAUUUGACAAGCAAGAGGGUAGGAUUAUGUGCUGCAAAUUUGAUAAAACUGGAAAUUUUCUCAUAACAGGUUCUCUAAAUACCAUAAGAGUGUGGAACACAGAGACCGGUCAUGCAAUCACUAAGAUGUCUGUGAGUGGCUCAAAGAGAAAUAAAGAUGUAAUUGUCUGGUCUCUAGCGGUUUUGUCUGACAACAUUGUAGCAUCUGGUGACAGUCUGGGUAGACUCACCUUCUGGGAUAGUGCUAUGGGUGAUCAGAUUGAAUCUUACAAAACACACAAAGCUGAUAUACUGGCGGUUGCAGUGAGUGAGAAUGAGGAGCAGAUUUACUGCAGCGGGGUGGAUCCCAUGAUCAUGUCCUACCAGAAGGUUGAGAAGAACUGCGGCGGGCAAGCCCUGCAGUGGAUGAAAAACGUGCAGCGCAACAUACACAUGCAUGAUGUUAGGGAUUUAGUGAUGAAUGAAGACACUUUGAUUUCUGUCGGCAAUGAUGGGUAUCUGACGUUAUCACGGUUUCCUCCUAAAUGGGUCAAAAGAGUGCCUCCCAUGAUACCAGGGCCCAGGUCGACACUUGCGGUUCAGAAAAAACUGCUACUCUUAAGAUACAGUAAACACUUAGAAGUCUGGAAAUUAGGUUCUCCUGCCCUCAACCAACAAGGGCAAGUAAUAUUCUCAAAUAACAACGAACAGGAGCCAGCUGUACCUGACGGCGACACCAAGCUGGAAGAAGAUUCCACCGAGGCAGUGAAUAAAGCGAUCCAGUACGAAAACAGCAACAGGAGGGCUUUGCGGAUUGGGCAAAGUCCGGUGAAGUUAGUAGCUAUUCAGGCGAAGAAGAAGAAAACUAUAAGAUGCUGUGAAAUAUCUCCGUCAGGCGAGAUUAUAGUGUAUAGUACAGAUAGUGAUAUCCGGAUGUUGAGAUUGGAAAGUGAUGACGACGAGUUAAACACAUCUCUAACUAAAAUGGUGAUCACCGGUGUGACACUUCCUUGCAACCGCAUCGUAUUCACGGAGGACUCUCGAAGCAUGGUGGUGCACAGUGAAGGCGCGCUGCAGGUGCUGCAAGUUGACCCCGGCGCGGGCGCCACGGUCAUUCAGACCGUCAAGACUAAAAAAUAUCUGAAGUCAGGUUCCAUCUUACAUCUGCUAAUAUCUAAGAAGACACAGUCAAACAGAAUAUACAUGGUAGCAGCGGACACAGAGGGUGCCAUAGCUGUCUGGAGUCACACGGGGCAGAAGUGGGAGCAUUACGCGACGCUGCCGACGUAUAACUGCGUGCCGUCUGCCAUAGCGUUCGAUACAGAGAAGGAGAGCUUGGUCAUCACUUAUGUUGAUCAAAAGUUAACGGAGUACAACCUCCCCGACAAACAAUUCGAAGAGUGGCCGCGCUACGGGCUGCCCCCAACGUGGUACGAGCGCGAAUCUGCUAUUCAAAGCAUAGCGGCGCAUCCCGCGAGAAACGCACUCGUCUUCCAAGACGAGACCUCGCUGUGGGUGCUGGAUAGACCCUCAAAGGACGCAGCGGUGGACCUGGAUGGACCUGAAGCAAAGAAAGAUCGAAAAGAAAAGAAAGUACAAAAGGCGGCGCUUAAAGUUAUUCCAAUCAAGUACUUGGCCGGUUUCCACUGGCUGGCCGAUUCAGAAGCGGUUGCGAUAGAAGUGCUGCCAGAGAGCAUCGUGGCGCAGCUCCCGGCCUCCGCCGUCAAGACGAGGAACUUCAACGUCGGCUAAGGACUCUUUGUUAGUACACAUUUAUUUUUAAAGGACGAAUAGAAAUAAAAAUCUAAUAUGUA